CGCGUACAACCGCGUUUUGACUUUUUACUUUUGAUUUUCUGUAUCAGUGCACACCAGUUUCACAUUUGUACAAUGAGCGGCGAAGAACGAAAUGAACAACAUGCAAACACUGAUGAACAAGUUCCUUCCUCUGGGGAGAAUGCCACAUUCCAAGCUGUAGCCAACGCAACUGACAAUAUACAAUCGGCUUUCACCACUUUACUUUCUGGUUUCCAACAAAAGCUACAAAUGACACAGUCAACCAUUGACUUACUGGAGCAGGUGCUCAAGAAUAGCGUUCAAAUAGCAACUCAACUGGAACCGAACGAGCAAGGAAUACAGCUUACAGUGACUAUUAUAAAUACCAUUCAAAUGCCUGUUCCCGACGUACAAUGUUGCGUCACGUUUGAUUCAGAUCAAGUUCACUGGUCACAUUUAUCAACAACACAAGAAUCACUAUCAAACAACAAUAACAUUAAAGGAGGAAGAAACCAUGAAGAAGCAACUUCGAUCUUUGACGCGACAGAAGCAAUGCUGCCACCCUUAUGCAAACAUGUGGAAGUGCUGCAAAUCAUAACCGACCGGACAAUUCAGUGUAAUGCAGAAAUCAGAUUGCAUUUUCCAGGACCCGUACCCGAGACCACGAUUCCAAUCGAACAUACAUUUGGCAUAUAUAUUAUUGAUCAGGUAAAAGUACCAUUAUGUAUACUUCCGGCAAAACUCGUAAAAUUAUCACGCUUUGUUUUUUAUUAACAAUCUGCUGGUUUAGCUCUCCAAAACGGUAUUAACGGAUCAAAGGCGUGAUGUUAAAUGUGAAAAAGCACAUUAUCGCCAAUGUUCUACGGAUACACUUCGCCUGUUACUGCAAAUUCCACCGCAUCAAGGUCUCGAACCUGGACUAUGUAUAUCGCUGCAAACAAAAAAUGCACAGGUUCCCAAGGAGGAGAUCAUUUGCAAGAUAGAAGAGUUCAAUCAGGAAAUGACCAUGGCCAAACUGGCCUUUUCUGCAGAAGAACGAUCGAACAGCACAGCACAAAAUAUU